AUGGACAUUCAAGGGGACUUGGAGUCAGAAAAAGAUUUGAAACCAGUGGAGUCUAGAGAGAUGAGGGAUGAGAAGCUGAUCCUUGCUAUCCAGGGAGCUCUUGGCACAUCUCCAUGUUCUCCAUCCCCACCCCAUAUUCAGGGUGGUCUGCAGUCAGCUUCACAUGGGGGCUGGGCUUCUCCAGCUAUUCUGGGCUGGGUGUCCCUGCAGGCACUACUCUACGUGGUGGUGCUCAGAGCAACCUGUAGUGACCCAACGGGUGCAGACAACACCAGCAAGUUGAGUGACUUCUUCCUCGUGGGUCUCACUGAAGAUUCUCACCUUCAGCCUAUCUUCUUUGCCCUCUUCUUCCUGAUCUAUGCAAUCACAGUGGUGGGAAACCUGGGCCUCCUUGCCCUCAUUGUGGUCAGCCCUCUACGCCACACUCCCAUGUAUUUCUUCCUCAGCAAUCUGUCCUUUAUUGACUUCUGUUAUUCUUCAGUCACAGUUCCAAAAAUGUUGAUGGGUUUUUUCUCUUCUUGCCAAACAAUCUCCUUCUCUGGUUGUGUGGUACAGACAAGCUGCUUUGUGCUCUUUGCUGUCACCGAGUUCUUCCUCCUGGCUUCCAUGGCCUAUGACCGCUAUGUGGCCAUCUGCAGCCCUCUGCUCUACCAUAUUAUCAUGUCCCCAAGGCUCUGUUUGCAGCUCGUGUUUGCCAGUUAUGCAGUGGGCCUGAUGAAUACGAUGCUCCUCACUAGCACAACCUUUUAUCUGACCUUCUGUAAAUCCCAUGUCAUCACUCACUAUUUCUGUGAUAUUCCCCCCCUUUUAAAACUCUCCUGCUCUGACACACAGAUCCUCCAGCAUCUCCUCUUUGCCUGUGGUGGCUUUAAUGUGUCGGUGUCCCUGACAAUUAUCUUGGUCUCCUAUGUAUGUGUCUUCUUGGUUAUCAUCAGAAUUCCCUCAGCCCAAGGUAAACACAAAACAUUCUCCACUUGUGCUUCUCACCUGACUGCUGUCAGCCUAUACUAUGGAACCACAGCAUUCAUUUACUUGCGCCCAUCCUCUGAGUAUUUACUAGUCAGGGACAGGCUGGUCUCUGUAUUCUACACAGUGGUCAUUCCCAUGCUUAACCCCAUGAUCUACAGUCUGAGGAACAACGAUGCAAAGGAAACACUUAGGAAUGUUCUUAAGAAGACCUCACAGUUCUUAAUGCUCCCCAUGCUGAGAUUUCCAUUCUGUCAACUGUGGUAA